AUGCCCACAAAAAGGGCGAAGCCAUACAUCUGGCGAGGGCCGCCGCUCUCAGAGCUUCCUACCAGCAAUGCCAAGUUUGAGGAGAAGCCCUUGAACCUCACGGACGUGAGGACCCUCGCCGAGGAGGACAAGCCCAAGGUCGAUACCCACGGGUUUUGCUUCGUCGAUCUUAAGUCCGAGACUGUCGCAGGCGUCCAUAAUGAUAACGACGCAGCGCCAUAUGUGGAAGAAAUGGCAGAAUUCCUGAAGAAGUUCCUAGGUGUGGAGACAGUUAUGGGUUUCAAUGCCAGAGCCCGAAGCACAAACCCCGAUCACAAGAUCACGCCGGUUAGCAUCGAGGCACACGCCGACACCAACAAGGAUAUCGUCUGGGGGGUCACCCACGCGGAGGAUUUCCCCCUGGCCGUCUGUGACCCUAACACGCUCGAUGUAAACCGUGAUAUCAUCAUGCUGGAUAACACCACGCCUGAGACCUUGGCUGAGCUGUCGUACGUUCGAUACAGUCCGGAACGCAAGUGGUACUGGCUCAGCAACCAGACCCCAGACGAAUUCAUCCUCUUCACGCAGUCGGACUCGCACCCCCCACAAGACCAAUUCAGGAACGACUUCAACCACGUGCCCCACAGCGCGUUCCGCAACGAGGCCGCCCGCCCGGGCUGCCCACAGCGGCAGAGCAUCGAGGCGCGCUUCAUCGUCCUGGAGCCCGCCCCGUACAGCCCGCCCGCCAGGAACCCGUCGAACAGGCCGCCCCCGGAGACGAGGAGCAUGCCUUACACCAAGCACAUCAAGGCGCCUAACGCCCUGACGGCCGAGGCGCCGGCGCCGGCUUCGAAGGAGGACAGGGGGGUCAGGCUGGGCGCGUAUGUGGCCAAGAAGGUGGAGCUGAAGACUGCGCCGGUUGCUGUCAAGGCGAAUUGA